AUGGAAGGUGGUGUUGAAGAGUCCAACUUGCCUCCUCUCUGGACAGCGCUCAAAGUCUCCUGCUGCAAUUCCAAGGAGUUUGUGGGAUACCUGUGUGGCGCGACCAACAGAGCUGACAGAAGACUAGUACUCUGUUCAGUCCCUUCUGAUUCCGUUCAGUGUGAAAAUGGACCAAAAUUGUUCAUCGUCUCUGGGUGGUCGAUUGAGAAAAUUGAGGUUUUAGACAACUACCCGCCUAUACCGGAAGAAACCAAAGCACUUUUGGACAACAUUUAUUCGUCUGCGAUCGACCGGGUAACAGAUAAAACAACAGUACAGGGGGCUGACCACAUUGAAAUGCGUCGACAGGCUGUUCUUCGGUUCUUUGGCCCCUGCGUUGCCAAGCCAGCGGAUGGAACUGAUGGCAAGAUUGUCCUCUAUGAUGGUGUCGUGUCCAUCAGUCCCCCCUACCUCCCCAGCUCCUGCCAUAGUUCAAAUCAAAUCGCUCUGCAACGUGUACAAAAUUUGUUACAGCAAGUCGAUGACAAGCCAUCGUGA